GCACCAUCCACAGCCCCCCCCCCCCCUUCUCUCGCCUCCGCAGGCUCGCCGCCGAUAACCGGAGCUCCGCGGCGAUCGAAGCCCUCGGCCGAGAUCUCCAACCCCUGCAGCUCGAUCGCCGCCCCCCCGACUAUGGACGAGUUCCCCGGCCUCCUGGCCCGGGACUUCGGAUUCCGGCCCCAGGGAAAGAACGCACCCAUGGCCGCCCCCAAGGCCGCUUCCGUUGGCGGCGUCAAUAUUGGGUCCGGAUCUGCCCGAUCCUCCGCGUCGUCCAACUACGGGAGCAAGUCAAGAUCCGGCUGGAAUUCAACCGGCGAUUCCCUCUUCGGGGAUCACGGCGUUGGGAUCUCCGACAGCCGGAGCCCCCCGACCUACGACGACGUCUUUGGCGGCCCCCCGAGUAAAUCGAAUUCCUCCUCCCAUGGCCGCUCGGCGUCCGCUAACUCCCAUCCUUCUUUUGACUCCAUUUUCGAGGAUUUGAAGGAUUCCGGGGCGAAGCUGGCGACGAAGUCGCCCGUGUAUGAUAAGCCCGUCUAUGAUGAUGACAUAUUUGAUGGGGUUCCCGGAAUAAAGAGCUCAUCGGUCAAGUAUGAUGAUGUCUUUGCCUCGGUGUCGGCCGGAUCCAAUCACGUCUCGUCACCACCGUAUGAUGAUCUUCUUGAGAAUCUUGGGAAGGCAAUACCGGAGUCAAAGAGUGCGGUUGAUAAGAGAUCGGGGGAGCAGAAAGAUCAGGACUCGUCUGGAUUCGAGGAGCUGAUACCUGGAUUUGGCGGGAGCAGUCCUCUACAAAAAAGGGAGAUUCCAGAGACUAACCAACAAAAAGUUAAACCAACUGCAAGUACUCCAGAAGAUCCUUUUGUUGUUUUGGAAACAACAUCUACCUCGGCAUAUUCAUCCUCCGGGAUAUUCAAUGACCCUUUGGAACACAUUAGUAGGACUGCCAACUCUGGAAGCACAAAAGCUGAUGCUUCUGCCAGUGGUGUGAUAUUUGAUGAUGCUAAUGUGUUUGAUGGCUUCUCAAAUUCAAUGCCUUCGUAUACAAGUGAGAUGAAUGAUGACCAGAAGGGCAGGAACCCCCCAAAAAAUGUCCAGAGCACAAGCCCUGGGCAUCGUUUUGGGAAAGAACCACCGCAACGAUCUUCAAUGGAGGCUUUUGAAAAUAUUGCUCCAAAAAUGUGGUCAACUAAAUCUUCUGAUUCUCAGAAGUCUGUUCGUAGAAACAAUUCAGAUACAUAUGGAAGAAAUGCCAUGGCAGACCAAUCUCCCAAAUCUGAUGACCAUUUGGAAAGAGCAAGUGAUGCAUGGCUUACUGUUAACGAAAUUCCUCUCUUCACACAACCUACAAGUGCUCCAUCACCUUCAAGACCUCCUCCUCCACUUGUCAUUAAAGCGGCACCCUUUGUAGCAAAUGUUAGAAGAAGGGAUAAUGAAUCUUUUUCACAGUCUAGUCAAAGCUAUCCUUACCCUAAAGAUUCAGAGAAGAAAUCUGGUGUAUCUCCAAUAGAUGAACUAGAAGACUUUGCCAUGGGAAAGCCUCAAAUGUAUGCUCAUGAUCGUGAAGAAGUAUUCUCCAAUGAAGAAGAAAUUGAAACAAAUUCAGCUGCAGCAGCAUCUGCAGCUGCUAUGAAGGAGGCCAUGGAUAGAGCUGAAGCAAAGAUUAAACAUGCUAGGGAGGUAAGGGGGAGAGAACGAGCACAGCAAGAAAGAGAUGAAAAAGCAAAGUCAGAUGCCCAGGAUCUAGAAGAUAAUGAGAAACAAGAAAACCUAGAUCGUGAAUGGGAACAAAAGGAAAGGGAGGAGAAGGAGCAAAAGAGACUUGAAAGGGUGAGAGAACUAGAACUUGAGAGGGAAAGGGGAAGGGCAAGGCAAGCUGUGGAAAGGGCUACAAGAGAAGCACGGGAAAGAGCAGCUGCUGAAGCCCGUGCAAAAGCUGAGAGGGCCGCUUGCGGGAAGGCAGUAGCUGAAGCACGGCAGCGUGCUGAGAGAGCUGCAGUACAGAGGGCAGCGGCUGAAGCACGUGAAAGAGCUGCAGCAGAGGCAAGGGAAAGAGCUGAGAGGGCAACUGCAGAAGCUAAGGAAAGAUCAGCUGCAGAAGCCAGAGAAAAGGCUGCUGCAGCAAAGGAGAGGGCUGCUGCUGAAGCUAGAGAGAAGGCUGCAGCUGAAAGGGCUGCUGUGGAGAGAGCUGCAGCAGAAGCUCGGAUAAGAGCUGAAAGGGCAGCAGUAGAUAGAGCUAAUGCAGAAGCUCGUGAAAGGGCUGCUGCUGCUGCCAGAGAAAAACAGAACAAGACGGAAAAUGAUCUCGAGUCAUUCUUUGGUAUGGGUGCUCGAGCAAACAGUGCACCGAAGCAAAGUGCUACAUCCUCGGAGACUACGUUUGACACUCAAGCUCAAGGCAGGGGCAGUGCUGAUGGAGCUCGGAAGAAAUCUUCUGGUUCCUCAUCCACCAUGAAAAAAAAGGCAUCAUCUACAACACAUAUUGUGGAUGACUUGAGUUCCAUUUUUGGAGCCCCUUCAUCCUCGGGAGAAUUUCAAGAAAUUGAGGGAGAGAGCGAUGAGAGAAGAAAAGCUAGACUUGAGAGACACCAAAGAACGCUUGAGCGUGCGGCAAAAGCUCUGGCUGAGAAGAAUGAGCGUGAUUUGCAAACACAGAGGGAGCAGGAAGAGAGACAUAGGAUUGCUGAAACACUGGAUAUUGAGGUAAAACGGUGGUCAGCAGGGAAAGAAGGCAACUUACGGGCCUUACUAUCAACAUUGCAAUAUGUGCUUUGGCCUGAAUGUGGCUGGCAGCCUGUUUCUUUGACUGAUUUAAUUACUGCUGCCGCGGUAAAAAAGGUUUAUAGGAAAGCAACCUUGUGCAUCCAUCCUGAUAAGGUGCAACAGAAGGGCGCAAAUCUUCAACAAAAGUACAUUGCUGAGAAGGUUUUUGAUCUCCUUAAGGAAGCAUGGAACAAAUUGAACUCUGAAGAGCUAUUUUAAGAUGUCUAAGGGGCAUCUUGUUUCUUUGCACGAGGGCUAUCGGGGAGGGUAUGUGAGUGGCCAGCUGCAGCAAAGCUUUGUCGUGAUUAUUAUUUUUUUAUUUUUUUGUGUUUCUAUGUGUUGAUCAUUCAAUGAUGCUUCUUAACUACAUGCGGCCUCAAGAAAGGGACUAUUUCUUUAUGACUGCUGUAAAUGUAUCUGGCUUUGAUCCAGUCAGUGGCGGUGUAGCAGAGGGGAUAGCCUUGUGGUUUUAUGCCUUCUCUGUAAUUAUAGCCUCGCUGAGCCGCCCCCACCUUGCAUCUAUUCUAUUUGAUGUCAUAGAUCUUUAUUUGAGGUACUCUGCUAUAUUUAGUGCAGUCUACUUAUUCCUUAAUAGUUAGAUCAGGUUUAAACACCUGAAAAUGAUGAAUUAAA